AUGUCUAAGUCUCUGAAAAAGUUGGUGGAAGAGAGCCGGGAGAAGAACCACCCGGAAGUGGACAUGAGUGACCGGGGCAUCUCCAACAUGUUGGAUGUUAACGGUUUGUUCUCUCUAUCCCAUCUCACCCAACUGGUGCUCAGUCAUAACAAGCUAACAACUGUGCCACCAAACAUAGCAGAACUGAAGAACUUGGAAGUGCUUAACUUUUUUAAUAACCAAAUUGAGGAGCUACCUACGCAGAUCAGCAGCCUCCAAAAACUUAAACACCUGAACCUUGGCAUGAAUAGGUUAAACACUUUGCCUCGAGGAUUUGGCUCUCUACCAGCUCUUGAGGUCCUUGACUUGACUUACAACAACUUGAAUGAAAAUUCUCUUCCAGGAAACUUCUUCUACCUUACCACCUUGCGUGCACUCUAUCUAAGUGACAACGAUUUUGAAAUCCUGCCACCAGAUAUUGGGAAGCUCACAAAGUUGCAGAUACUCAGCCUUAGGGAUAAUGACCUGAUCUCACUGCCUAAGGAAACUGGGGAGCUUACUCAGCUUAAGGAGCUCCACAUUCAGGGAAAUCGCCUGACCGUUCUGCCUCCAGAACUAGGAAACUUGGAUUUAACUGGGCAGAAGCAGGUAUUCAAAGCAGAGAACAAUCCGUGGGUUACCCCAAUUGCUGACCAGUUCCAACUUGGUGUGUCCCAUGUUUUUGAAUACAUCCGUUCUGAGACAUACAAGUACCUCUAUGGAAGACACAUGCAGGCAAACCCAGAACCACCAAAGAAGAAUAAUGACAAAUCAAAAAAGAUCAGCCGGAAACCCCUGACAGCCAAGAACAAAUAA